AUGGCGGAAACAGCUGGUUCUGACGUUUCUACUGUCAUUUCUACUGAUUACGGCAGAUCACCCCAUAUUUGUCUACAGUAGUGAUGCUUCAUGGUUGUAUUUUACUAGAUCAAUGGAAAACUUAAUAGACAUGGCUGAUCGCAGCUCAUCAGUGGAAAUGCCAGAAUGCCUACCCCCAGAGGAGGAAGAAGGAAAUGUGGAAUAUAAGCUGAAGUUAGUCAACCCAACUAAUUUCCGGAUUGAACAUCUUAUCACCCAGAUGAAGUGGCGUUUGGAGGAGGGAGAAGGAGAGGCUAUCUAUGAGAUUGGUGUGGAAGAUAAUGGAAUGUUGGCUGGAUUGGCCGACUCUGAACUAGAAGCUUCAAUACAAACCUUACAGACAAUGGCUAAAAGACUUGGAGCUUCACUAACUGUUUUACGAGAGAAAACAGUAGCAGAAAAAGAUUCUGAGACCGGCAAGAGACGACGUGCUAUGGAAGUUCUUGUGCGAAAAGUGCCAGAUGAUCAGGAGUUUAUAGAUCUACGUUUGGCUGUGUUAGGAAAUGUAGAUGCAGGAAAAAGCACACUUUUAGGUGUACUGACUCAUGGUGAGCUCGAUAAUGGAAGAGGACGGGCAAGGCUGAAUCUGUUUCGCCAUUUACACGAAAUACAGUCAGGCCGCACAUCUAGCAUCAGCCAUGAGAUUAUAGGGUUUGACUCGAGUGGAGAGAUUGUCAACUACAGUGGAUCGAGGAGUGUUGAGGAUAUUUGUGAAGCUUCAACUAAGCUAAUCACUCUGAUAGAUUUGGCUGGACAUCACAAGUACCUGAAAACAACCAUCUUUGGACUAACUGGAAACUCUCCUGACUGUGCUAUGCUCACAGUUAAUGCAAGUACUGGCAUGGCUGGAACAACCAAAGAACAUCUGGGGUAUGCAAUGGCUCUGAGAGUGCCUGUGUUUGUUGUUGUCACGAAGAUUGACCUGUGUCGCUCUGUGAUGGUCGAGAAAGCUCUGCGACAAUUAGAACUUAUCCUCAAAGGGCCUGGCUGUAAGAAGGUACCUAUUAGAAUAAAAACAGAGGAUGACGCCAUCACUGCUGCUUCAAACUUCGACUCUGAGGCUAUAACACCCAUCUUUAUGGUAUCCAGUGUGAAUGGUAAAAAUCUUGACCUGCUGAGAAAAUUUCUCAAUGUUCUACCUCCACUGAAGAGUCGAAAAGAUAGGGAAAAAUUAGUGCAGCACAGCACUGAAUUCCAGAUUGAUGAACUGUUUUCUGUACCAGGAGUUGGAUCGGUUGUUGGUGGAAACAUCCGCAGAGGUUCAAUACGAGAGGGAGAUAAGGUGAUGCUUGGGCCCUACGAAAAUGGAUUAUUUAGGUUGGUGAAAGUAAAAACUGUACAGAGGAAUCGGUUACCAUGCCGACUUAUCCAGGCUGGGCAGACGGCCACUGUUGCACUUCUUGAUGUGGAGAGAGAAGAACUUAGAAAGGGAAUGGUGUUAGUGAGUAACAAUCAAGACUUAUGUUCGUGUCGAGAGUUUGAGGCAGACGUGUACGUUCUGUUCCACACAAGUCGAAUAUCCACUGGUUUCCAGAUCACUGUCCAUAUUGGCACCGUGUGUCAAACUGCAGUCAUUGUCAAGAUGAACCAGAAGUAUAUAAGAACGAAUGAGAAAGCUUGUGUAACUUUCCGGUUAAUCAAACAACCCGAGUAUAUCUGUCCUGGUGCUCGCCUGUUGUUUCGAGAUGGAAAGACUAAGGGCAUGGGUGAAGUGCUGAAAAUCUUUCCAUACGAACAUGUUGAACGAUGAACACUAACCACUGCUGUUCUCCUGCCAACGAUCAUCAGUAAAACUAGUAGGAUUUUAAAAAGUGGAAUCCUGGUUCUUUGACAAUUAUUAAUAAUCUAGAAGUUGUUGUGUAUUUCACUUUUUUAAACAUAUUAACCAAAUUUAUUAAGGAACACUGGGCCUUCGUAAUUCACAAAAUAUUCUUAAUUUUGCAGAAUGUGAACUUGUUACGUUGUUUUCCCAUAUUUUGGUCCAAGGAGUUUGCACACACAUCAUAUUUACACCUGUGAGACUAUAAUAUUGUCUAAUGUGUCCCACCAGAUAAAAUGUUGACAAUUUAUGGCAGCAGAUAUAAUAGUUAAAGGCACUUUUUCCUGUUUUGAUUGUUAUGUUCAUGUGAUAGUUAAAUCUUAUGCUAGUAGAUAUUUUUAAUGCACUGUUAGUGUCCUUAUAUGAUAACAGAAUUUGAAACUUUUGAUGACAAGUCCCACAAAUUCUUUUGAGAAAUGGUUAUUGUUGCAUUGACUGAAGAUUUUUUAUUUAAACAUUAAGUUAACUAACAUCAUUAACUGCAAUUUUGAAACUGAAAGAAUACUGUAAAUGGUAGCAGCAUAAAUUUAUGGAAGUACUGUUAAUUUAUUUUUUUUAAAUUAUGAGAUACAAAUCAUGGGUUCAUGAACGUUUUCAGUAACGGAAAUGUUGGUUCAGAGUUCUCUAGACUUAUAUUUUGACAUUUAGAGGGGGUUUCAGUAACGGAAAUGUUGGUUCAGAGUUCUCUAGACUUAUAUUUUGACAUUUAGAGGGGGUUUCAGUAACGGAAAUGUUGGUUCAGAGUUCUCUAGACUUAUAUUUUGACAUUUAGAGGGGUUUUCAGUAACGGAAAUGUUGGUUCAGAGUUCUCUAGACUUAUAUUUUGACAUUUAGAGGGGGUUUUAGGUGUCAAGUAGCUGAUUAUUUGUUCCUCUGUUUUUAAUAGUUGGUAUGAUUAAUAACAGAAUGAUGUGUUAUUUAUAUCAUGUGAUUGAAAGAAAGCAUCCCACUUUUUGAAUUUGAAUAGCAUAAAAAGUAUGCAAUAUAGAAUCUUGACAUUUUGCACAAAAGCCAGUUUAUUUUGCUGUGUAUAGAUGGUGAUACAUUCAGGUUUAUUGCAACACUAUCAACUAUUCAGUAUGGGACUGUCUCUCGAAAAAAGUCAACUGCAGUCAUGUAGACAAUUUCACCAGUAGAAGAGCUUAAAGGAAAUCUUGGAUGUUUUAAAAAAACUAAAUAACCUGAUCUAUUAAGCUUUUAGUUUUAAUUAAUCAUACAUAGACGGUUUUAAAAAUAUAUUCUAGCUUAAUUUGCCUGCGAACAAAUUUGUUAAUUAUCACUCAGUCUAUACCUGUAAUUUGUAUUGCUCUUAAAAGUUUUGUUUUACACUGAGCAGUUGAGGAGAAAUAUAUUUUUAUGGUAUGUGUAAGUAUUAUUGCAUGCAUAUUAUUACAAUAGAAAAUAUCUGAAAAAAAUACUGCUGAUUAGUCUUGUAAAAUGUAUGCAUAGUUUGUAAAUUACUAUUUGUAGUUACUAAAUGCAUAAUUUAAAUAUGUUGUAGGUUUUGUUUAUAACAUUUUAGAAAAUAACCGUGUGUAAGAUUGUAUUAUGAAACAGGAAACCUUACUGUGGCUCCAUUUUCUCUUUUAAUAUGUAACUAGAUAAAGGCCAUGCCUACAUAUCAGGAUAUUGGUUGAUAUUGGCAGUGAUACCAGCCUUGUUGGUGUAUUGGAUAAGCCAAUAACUUCUGUCUCAUGAACUGCUAACCAUGAACUCUCCCUGGACAGAUAGGCCACAUAGCUAUGCUGUGUGACAGCAUAUUGGAUAUAAGCCUGAGCAUCAGUUUUAAGAGAAAAAAUUCAAGAUUCCUAGAUGCUUGUUUACAAAAUAUGUUUAAUGCAUCACUGUUUUCUAGUUUUUACCAUCUUGCUUAAAUACUAAGAUCACAUCUGAUCUCUGCAUUUUAUGAUGAAACCCAUGAAUAAUAACAAUUUGUGUUGAUUUGUAUGUAUAUAUGUUUACAAUACUAAAACCAUGUUACUUUAUUUUAUAUGUAUAUCAAGUUUAUUUGUGUUUGAUUUAUUUUUAAUGUAGAUGUGCUAAUUUGUAAAUAACUAUACGAUUUUAAGGUUUAUAAUUUUACAAAUUCAUAAUAUUCUUUUUGAUAGGUGAGUUUGUUUUUCUACUAUAGAGCUAUCCUGUGUUUCACGUUGGUUGGUAUUAAGUUGUACAAUUUCCUAUAGGUUUGUUUAGUUAUAUUUAGUUAUUGAGCAAUUUGCUUCAGUUAGAUUACUUUCGUUAUAUUAGUUCUGUUGAAGGGUUUGAAAAAUGUGUGUGUUCUAUUAAGAUGAAUUUGUAUUAUGUCAUUUGUGUUUGUUAAGGUUGUAUAUAUACUUGUGUUUUGUGAAGUUGUAAAACUUUUGAAUAUUUUAAGUCUUUCAUUGUCAUGUAUAUUUUAUUUGAUCAUGUUUAAGUUUGAUUCAUUAGGCUAUUUUGCAGUUAUUUCCCUUACCAUCUAGUUCGCUUGUUUUACACGAUAUAUUAAUGUUUAACAAUAAAACAUUUAUUUUAUCAGUUGGCAAGUAUUUCCAUCAAUAUAUAUACAGAUACUCUUUUAACUUAAUAUUACCCUUUUUCUAGAAUUUUAGGGUAUUUUUAGUCCCCUAUUGGUUCAACCAGAGGGGACUACAGGUAUUGUCUUUAUUUGACUGUCUGUCCAUCCAUCUUUCAAUCUGUUCGUCUGUACCAAAUAUAAUUUUCUGGAACUUUUUUCGUAAUGCCUUAAUAUAUUGAGCUGGAAUUUUGUAUAUAGCUUUAUCAUAUAGAGUUACAGGUCCGGUUUGAUUUUAAUGGGGAUUGGCCUAUUAUUGAGAGUUAUGGCCCCUGCACUUAGGAGAUAUGAAAAUUUGUUGGGCCCAGUAGGGACAUACGUGUAUUGCUUUAGCAGUACUUUUAGAAUGCGGUUGUUUUGGUUUUUGUUUAAACAAUUUUAAAGAAUAUUUUUAAUAUUAAGACCAUCGUCCUUUAAAUGUUAACCAGGCUUUUUCAGAGAUGUUAUCUUAAAACCUUUUAUGAACUAAUAAAAGUACCACCAAUUGAUGGAGAAAAGCUUAUGACAGUUGAUUAAAGUAUUUUGGGGGAAAUGACCAGUAAUUUAUUUUUAUCUAUUAGGCUCCAUCACUGGCAAUUGAUUCCAAACGCAGUAAAAUCAUGUCAGUUGUAACUUCCUGACUGCGGUAUGGACUGUCCAAUCUGAUGGGCAGCGCAUGUCAGAAACCCUUGCUGCUAAUCUGUAUGGGCAAUCCAUGUGGUGGCAGCAGGUUUUUCUACCCAGUUAUUAACCAAUUGACCUCUCUUCAACAGCCUACAUGUAGUUAGCAGUUGCAUUAUUUGGAUAAAAUUUUGUAAUUAAAAACCCCACCCAAAAGUUAAAACAGUUAUAAAUCAUGUUAUUGGAUCAAAUAUUCUCCUUUAACUUAGUUUUCAGAUUUAUGAAGGUCUCCAUGAGUACUCAAGUACCUGUGCAAGGAAGAGCACUUUCAUUUAAUUUUUUUGUUUUUUUUUACGUCAGUUUGUCAUUUGCUUACCACCGGUUACAUUAUAGGACUAUGAGACAUGAAGGGAACACAAAAGUCGAAUGUGUGGAAUGCAAUACAAUGGCAUUGUUUGUGAUCCAUGUUCAGCAUUCAUUGGGUGCAUAAUGCUAUUUUACUUUAUUCCUCAAUGUCAUCAUCAUCUAGUGUAAGUGUCGGGAGCUCUGGUUCGGGUCAAGUUUGACCAUCGAGUACUCGAGUCCAAUAUUUUAGACUUUUGGAGGCCCUAGAGGGUUGAAUGUAAUUGAUGUACAUAUACAUCAAUAAAAAUGUGAUUAAAUUCAUAUUCUGUUAUUGGAUACUAGUUUGUAGUCAAGAUUGAAGGUCAAAAUAACAGAACCGAGAGAAGAGUAUUGUGUACCAUACUGGUAACAUAAUAAUUUAUUACAUACACAAAAUAAUACUGCUUAGUAGGAAAAGAAAUGUUUGUUUAAUGAUGCCCCAGCACAUUUUAUACUUCAGCAAUAUAGUUAUGUUUUAUUUUACGACACCACUAGAGCACAUUGAUUAAUUAAUAAUCGGCUAUUGGAUGUCAAACAUUUGGUAACUCUGACAUAGUCUUAGAGAAACCCACUUUUCCAUUAGUAACAAGGGAUUCUUUAUAUGCACUUUCCCACAGACAGGAAAUCAGCAACUGAGUGUCAAACAUGAUAAAGACACAUCUUUAUUAGAUGGUAUUUCGAUAUGAAAUGCCAUACCAUGUUAAUAAUUUGUGUUCUUGCACUUUAUUUUGAAGGUGUUUCAUACAUAUUUGAUGUGAUUAUUGAACUACAUAGCCCAUGAAGUGGCAACAGUGGGUUUCCUCUCUCAAUAUCUGUGUGGUCCUUAAUCAUAUGUCUGAUGCCAUAUAUCACCCUAAAUAAAUUGUGUUAAGUGUGUUGUUAAAUAAAACAUUUCCUUCCUUCCUUUGCAUCAUGAAAUAUUAGUGUCUUGUAUGGUCUCACUAAAGUCAGUAACAUUUCCUGAUUUGCAGUAUAUAAUUCCAGAAUGCAAUGUGGUUAAUUAUCACUCAAUGAUUUUAUGUAAUUAUUACCUGAUCUACAUGUAUUCCAAAUUUUAUUACCUACGAGGUACAGCAUAACGAGGGUCAUAUUUAUCGUACGAUUUCCCUCAUAUGUCAUAACUAAAUCGUCUGUCCUCCUGACAUUGUUUUUUAACGAUUGGCUGUUGUAAGAGUACAUUUCUUUCUUAUUGGCUGACACGACAUUCCACAGAUACUACUUUCUUCAUUAAUACAUUUUUAUUUCGAGUGUAAGCUGAUCACAUGCCGUAAUGACAAAUACGUGUCUUUAAUUAAUUUAAUAAAACAUUGAGUAUUUAUGAUAACUUGUAUUAUAUUACGAUGUAGUUGUGACACAUCAAACACUUAAUUAUGAAUACAACGUUCACAACUGUUAGAAAUCUGUACUAAGGUUGAUGAGUCACUUUUCGCACCCUUGUUUUGGCUUUGUACAUAAUAAAUGUAGCAUAUCUUACCGUAAUUUCACUUGAAAGCCAUAUUUAGUCAAAGGUACAAUGUUUUAAUCAAAAGAUUUUCUUCAAACA